AUGCUCAACUGUCACCCUGUUGCUACUCCUGUUGACACGAAGGCCAAGGUUUCUGGUCUUGAGGGCUCGCCAGCGUCGGAUGCUCCCUUUUACCGGUCCAUUGUUGGUGCUCUUCAGUAUCUGACUCUCACCCGACCAGAUCUACAGUAUGCAGUUCAACAGGUGUGUCUCCACAUGCACGCCCCUCGUGACUCCCAUUGGACUCUCGUGAAGCGGAUCCUCCGUUACAUUCGUGGCACGAUGACUCUUGGGCUCACCCUCACGGCGUCCGCUUCUCUAGAGAUGGUGGCCUACUCCGACGCAGACUGGGUUGGCUGCCUCGACACCCGUCGGUCCACCUCCGGCUACUGCGUUUACCUCGGUCCUUCACUCGUCUCGUGGUCGUCCAAGCGACAACCCACCGUAUCGCGCUCCAGCGCGGACGCUGAGUACCGAGCUGUGGCUAACGCUGUUGUCGAGUGCACCUGGCUACGACAGUUACUUUAG